AUGCCAAAACUUCCACCGCCUCCAGUGAUAGAAGGAACGCUCAAGGAGCCAAUUUAUGCAAUGUCUUUCGGCAUUCUCGUCUCGAUGUGGAGCAUGAAUAUAGGCAGUUUACUUACGCCACAUUACUUCGCUUAUAUUGUAAGCACAGUUGUUGCUUUCGAAUGUGUCCUGUGGUUUAUGGAGAAGCCACGGAAGGAUUACGAAGUGUACAAGCCGCCGACAAGGGAGUCAGGAAGCCAAGAGACGCCUGCUUCUAGUCCUGCACGCGAAACAGGAGGCGACGAUGGAGCGAAGACGAAGAAAGUUCGAACUCCAGGGGAAACAAGCGAAGGAAAGGAAGAAAAAAGUGGAAAAGAAUCAAGAUUUCGAUUUAGAAACAAGAAAAACAACGAUUCGCUCGGAUCACCUGUUCGAUAA